AUGGCCUUAUCCAAAGUCCUCCACAAUGGCUGGCUGACUAAGUCCCCACCAGAGAAGAAGAUGAACCCGACCUUCAAGCUCUUCCGCUCCCAGUGGAAGAAACGCUUCUUCGUGCUACGUCAGAACACGCUCGACAGCAAGUACGAGCUGACCUACUACAAAGACCAGCAGUGCCUCACCAAGAAGGGCAGCGUCAACUUGGAGUCGUGUGAACAGGUCAUCGAGUCCCUGCAGUCGGACGUCUUCCCACAUCUCCUGGCCGUCAAGACGUACAAGAAAAACAAGCCCAGGACGUACUACCUCGCUGCGCAGGAUGAAGCCCAGAUGAAGCUUUGGAUCCACUGGCUUUGUCUCGUCUGUCACUUAAAAACAGAAACCCAGCCCCGGGAUAGUAUGUACCAGCCUUUCACUCAUCUUAAAAUUCAAAACGAGGUAUCUGAAUUAUCUCCAUUGCAUGUGUCGACUGAUAAUCUUGCUGAAGUCAGUUCACAAGAUGAGAACUCAAACCAAGAAGACAGUGCUGUUGACACCCCAAACGCCCAUUCACCACAGGUCAACUUACUAUCCGACGGAGACAUCAUGCGGUGUCUGUCCAAUUUUUCUUUACUCCUCAAUGAAUCAGCCCACAGCUCAUUGUCAGAGUUACUUGAACAGGACUUGAAUACAGUUCAUGAAACCCCAGCCAACUUGCCCUCUGUUCAUGAGUACUCCUCCAUAGAUCCAAUCUACUACAACUCUUAUCACGAAGACUCUAACAUACACCAAAGCGAGGCUGGACCUCACGACGAAACACCAGAUCCCACGUAUUACAAUAUUAUCUUCAGCGACGCACCUGAAACUUCUGGUGAGUCGCAAGAAAACGAAAACCCUGGAAGUUGUACAGAGCCUACAGGCAAAACAAAAUCACCAGACUACGUCCACAGUAAAGAGCCACACAUCUCAACACAUGAGCCAUACAGCGAUGUAAUGGAGGCAAGUACCACAACAAUAGAGCCGCCGCCUCUGUACACCAAGACAAAAAGAGCCAGUAUUUUAGCUCUAAGUGAUACUCACGUCCCAGACCUGAUCAGUGCCAUCUCACCUGAUCUACUACACACCUAUGGCUACGAUACCCCUCGCUCCAGCCAGCUAGCAAUACCUGAACAGGUAUAA